AUUAUUUAAAUAUCUUAAAAAUGGGAUAGGGAUCAUCUAAAUUUUACGCAGUUCCAGUGGGAGAGAAGAAAGAUGGAGAAAGUCAUGUCUAUAGAAAUCCAAAUAAUACUCAAAAGCUUCUAGAUAACUUCGAAGGAGAAACAACAGUUUAAGGAAUUUUCUUAAGAUCUUGCCGUAAAUUUCCAAACAAUAGAUGCUUGGGCAAGUAGGUAGUCACUGGAGAGAAUAGUAGACAUUAUGUUUACAAAACUUAUCUUGAAGUCAGAAAUGUUGCAGAGUAUAAUCUUAAAUAGAAACUAGAUAACUUGGGUCAGGUAUAAAGAAUUUGAAUUUGAUUCCAAAUCCAGUGAUGUAUGAGGGAUAGGAAUUGAGAAUGAUAGGAAUAUUCUCAAAAAACAGAGAAGAAUGGCUACUUCUAGAUAUAGCGAAUACAUUGUAUGGAAACACAAUGAUUCCCUUAUAUGAUACAUUAGGAUUGGAAAGCAUUCCUUACAUCCUAGAGCAAACUUAGCUAAGCACUUUAUUCAUUUCAAGCACUAGUGUGGAAACUCUUUUAAAAGUAAAAGAGUGCCAUGCUCUAAAGUUUGUAGUUACAUUUGAUGAAUUACCUUAAGAUAAGGUUCAACAGGUAAUUGUAAUUAAUAUUCGAUUAGUUUAGCGAAAAAGGAAUAAAAGUAUUUAAUUAUGAAGAAGUAUUGAAUGCUGGAAAAGAGAAAAUUCACCCAUUUGCAGAAGUACAUGGAAAUGACAUAUUCACAUUCAGUUAUACAUCAGGAACUACAGGAAUGCCAAAAGGUGUUAUGUUAAGACAUUUAAAUUUCGUCACAGUAGCAGGAGGAGUUGUUUACUAGGGAAUUUAGUUAUAUCCUACUGAUGUCUAUUUGAGUUAUCUACCAUUACCUCAUGUGUUAGAGAGAGUUGUAGUAACAGCCUUACUUGGAUUUGGCUGCACAAUUUGUAUGUAUGGCGGAGAUGUAUUAAAAAUCAAUGUUGAUAUUUAAUUGGUAAAACCAACUAUUUUUGUGAGUGUUCCUAGAUUGUAUAGAAGAUUGUACAAUGCAAUUAAAGAAAAGGCAGAUAAGGUCGAAGGAUAUAAAAAAACAUUAUUUGAGAAGGGAUUAGCCAGCAAAAUGUAUUAUUUGUAAAAUGGUGGUCAUGUUUAACAUAAAGUUUGGGACAACUUGGUAUUCAAAGCAACAAGAGAAGCAUUUGGUGGUAGAGUCAGGUUAAUGUUAUCUGGAUCAGCACCUAUGUCACCUGAAGUAGUAGAUUUCUUGAAAUGUGUUGUGUGUGUUCCAUUCCUAGAAGGAUAUGGUCAGACUGAAGGAUGCGGUGGUUCUUUCAUUAGUAGAGCUGAUGAUCCUAUUAGUGGACAUGUAGGAGGUGUCUUCUCAAACAUUGAAUUUAAAGUUGUUGAUGUUCCAUAAAUGAACUACUUCAGCACUGAUAAAGACGAACAAGGAAGACCCACUCCUAGAGGAGAAAUCUGUAAUUAAUCAAUCAUUAUCUUUAGGCAUUAGGGGAAAUGGAUUAUUUGCUGGAUAUUAUAAAGAACCUGAAAAAACAAAAGAAAUGAUUGAUGCUGAUGGCUGGAUGCAUUCUGGAGACAUUGGAUUGAUUAGACCCGAUGGAUCUUUAAAGAUUAUUGAUAGAGUUAAAAACAUUUUUAAGUUAAGUCAAGGUGAAUACAUUGCUCCAGAAAAAGUGGAAGGAGUCUAUUUGAAGGUCAAAGGCAUCGCAGAAGUAUUUGUCUAUGGAGAUUCAACCAAAAGCUUUUGUGUAGCUAUCAUUGUUCCUGAAAAACCAUUUGUCUUAGACUUAGCACACACAUUAGGAAUAUAAGGUACAUAUGAAGAGUUGUGUGCAAAUGAUAAAGCAAAUAAACACUUUUUUGAUGAAAUGGUUAAAACAGUAUUUAAUAUAUCUAAUCCAUUAGGGUAAAGCUGAGAAAUUGAAUGGCAUGGAAAAUGUCAAGAAAAUCUACAUUGAACCAACCUCCUUUAUUGCUCAUGGUUUAACUAGUAACACACUUAAGUUGAUGAGACACAAGGCAAGAGAGCAUUUUCUCAAAUAAAUUGAGGCUAUGUAUUAAGGAAGUGAAUGAGUAUGGGAACAUAUAUUAAAAAAAA